GAGAAACAUGUGAACCUUGUGCACAUAGAAUCUCGAAAAUCCAGAAGACGAAAUUCGGAAUUUGAGAUCUUCGUAGACUGCGACAGCAACAGGGAACAGCUAGAUGAAAUCUUCCAUCUGUUGAAAUCCCAUGUCAAUGUUGUGUCUGUGAAUCCAAUGGACAAUUCCACAGUACAGGAGGAUGUUAUGGAAAAUAUUCCUUGGUUCCCUAAGAAGAUCUCGGAUUUGGAUAAAUGUGCAAACCGUGUUCUAAUGUAUGGAUCUGACCUUGAUGCGGACCAUCCAGGUUUCAAAGACAAUGUUUAUCGCAAGAGACGGAAAUACUUUGCAGACUUGGCUAUGAAUUACAAACAUGGUGACCCAAUCCCAAAAGUUGAAUUCACAGAGGAGGAGAUCAGGACUUGGGGCACUGUAUUCCGCGAGCUCAAUAAGCUCUACCCAACCCAUGCCUGCAGAGAAUAUCUUAAAAACCUACCUUUGCUAACCAAAUACUGUGGGUACCGAGAAGACAACAUACCCCAGUUGGAGGAUGUGUCAUGCUUUCUCAGAGAGCGCACGGGAUUCACUAUCCGCCCAGUCGCUGGCUACCUGUCACCCAGAGAUUUCCUGGCUGGCUUAGCAUUCAGAGUAUUUCACUGCACUCAAUACGUUAGGCAUAGCUCGGAUCCCCUUUACACACCAGAACCAGAUACCUGUCAUGAACUUUUGGGCCAUGUCCCUCUUCUAGCUGAGCCCAGUUUUGCUCAGUUCUCCCAGGAAAUUGGCUUGGCAUCACUUGGAGCAUCUGACGAAGCUGUUCAAAAGCUGGCAACAUGCUACUUUUUCACUGUGGAGUUUGGCUUAUGUAAACAAGAAGGCUGGCUGAGAGCCUAUGGAGCUGGUUUGCUCUCAUCUAUCAGUGAACUAAAGCACGCUCUCUCUGGAAAUGCUAAAGUCAAGUCCUUUGAUCCAAAUGUCACCUGUAAGCAAGAAUGCAUGAUCACGACAUUCCAGGAGGUUUACUUUAUUUCUGAAAGCUUUGAAGAUGCAAAAGAAAAGAUGAGAGAAUUUGCAAAGACUAUCAAGCGUCCCUUUGGAGUGACUUAUAACCCGUACACACAAAGCAUUCAGAUCCUGAAAGAUACAAGAGGCAUUGCUAAUGUGGUCAAUGAGCUACGGCAUGAACUGGACAUUGUCAGUGAUGCCCUCAACAAGAUGGGCAGGCAGCUGGGAAUCUAAUCUACCUAAUGACCAUCAGUCUGUAUCACAGCUAUGGAAUCUGUCUUCAAGACAAAAACACUUUUUGUGUGUCAUGCGGAAUGCCAUGUUUCAAAAACUAAAGGUGAAUGAAGGGGAAAAUUAUUUCGAUGAAUCUACGGCCUUCUGGAAGCACUCAUAUCAAUGAUUACAUGCUACUUUCUUUUCUCUGGUGCCCAUUCCAGUGAUUUGGAGGGACAUAAUUGUUUCUAAAAAUAUUGAGAAGAAUAAGAUUCACUACAAUGAAAGCUUGGUGAUCCAUUUAGUCAAUUAUACUGUAACCAGUGAUGGCUGUGCACAUGCAAAAUUGGUGUGCACAUCCCAUUUCUCUAUUAAGGCUACUGCACUGCCUCUAAAUGUGAAUAUACUUGCAUAUAUGGGACAAAGAAUUCAUAGUAUAGGGACAUAUAGUAUAGGAAGCUAUAUGAGUGCUGGAUGAUGGGUAGCUGAUGCUCAAAUGGCAUCCUUUUACUACCACGUAAAGUGCAUGCUUUAUGCACUUCUUUAUUAGCAAAUAUAUUCACAUUUUGGGUUUUUGCAUGCAUACAUUCUUUACUUGGUAAUUGUAAGAUUAACUGAAAUUUUGCUUUUGUGAACAAAUCAACAAGUUUAGGUAAAACUGGAGUUAUCUCCUGCAAUUAGUUCAGAUAUUAUACGUACUAGUUCAUGGAGACACUUCACACAUUUGGUUAGGCAUCACGAGUUGUAUACCCAAGAGAAAUUCUUGUUGUGAACCAGCUUUUAGGGACAAUGUUAUGUGAAAGCCUCACAUAAAUCCUCAAAACCUGAGCUCAAAACUGUGGGCUUGAGAAUCUCACACAGCUGGAUGUGAAUUGCAGAAACACUGCAGCCAAUACUUUCACAUUAAGCCUAUCUAAGAGUUGUUUUAUACUGAUGCCUAUCAAAUUAACUAGUACUGAGGUUCUCUAACUCCAUCUCAAUGACUCAAUUAAGUUGUGAAAAACAUUAUGACAUCCCCAAAGAUAACAAUGUGACAGUGGGCUGGCAAUUAUUCUUAGAUCUUUGUCCAGCUCUAAGUUUGAAAGUCAGUAGCAAUGUGCUGGUUGGUGCCUUAUCCAUGUUAUGACCUUGCUUGGCAGCAGCUGAACUGGGGACGUUUCUGCUACACUUAGUUCCCCAUUGUGUGUUCUGGGGAGCUGCAAGACACAUAGAGAAUAGCAGGUGCCAGCAAACAAGAUGGUGGACUGGUUGGCUAACAUCAGGUUGCUUUCUGGUAUAACCUUUUGCUAUACAACCAUAUGAACAACUGGCAUUUAGUUUAGUUGCAUGCAGAAGAUCCUAGGUUCAACUUUUUCUCCAUUAACACAGCUAGAAUUCUGAGAUACUCCUCAUUAAAGUCCUAGAAUUAUGUAAUUUCAGUGUAGCCAUUACUCUGCUAGAUGAUCUCACUCAUUAUAAGACAGUGGCCUACGUAACAUAUGUAGUUGUCUGCUUUCCAUAUUAUGGCUAGAUUGUUAUUAAGAUGACAGUGAACUUGUGCCUGAUUUUAAUCUUUUGUUUAGCCACCCCUUUCAAAUUGCAUCUAUAAUUGAUUUGCUUUUCACAUUUUCACAGACCUUACUUUUUUGGAUACUGUAACACUUUGUCUUAAACCAUAAUUUUAUUUAGUUCUUUAGAAUUUGAAGUUUUGCAAAAAAGUGAAACCAGGGGCCUGGUUUUCUGGAUUCUUGUGUCUGUGUGUGUUUGCAUUCCGAUUCAAAUUGGAGUAUUGCAACUGUCUUUGAAACAUCCAGGAAUCCACUUCCAAUAUGUGUUGUCACCAUAUGUAAGCAUUUAUAUUCAAUUUUUAGCAUGUGUAAACUUAAGUCAUAUGUGUUAGUAAUUCCAGAGUGAUUUGCUGUGGUAAUGGAAUACUGAAGAAUCCAGAGUACUGUACUUAGUCAACAACUUUGAAAAUGUCAACAGUAUUGUCAAAUACAAAAUACAGAAAGUUAAGU